AUGGCCCAUGAUACUGCAGGGCAGAGAGAUGGAUGCGUGCGCCCUAAGAUGCCGACGAUGAGUGCCGAAGUUCGGGCGGACAAUCCGUACUCCCGUCUCAUGGCACUGCAACGGAUGGGCGUAGUGCGUGACUACCAAAAAAUCACCCAGAGGGCUGUAUUGCUUGUGGGUGUAGGUGGAGUGGGCUCUGUGGCAGCUGAAAUGUUGGUUCGCUGCGGCAUUGGGAAGCUCAUUCUUUUUGACUUUGAUUCGGUUGAGCUAUCGAACAUGAAUCGUCUUUUCUUUACUCCAAAAGACGUCGGUCUCACCAAAGUAGAGGCUGCCAGGCGGACCCUUUCCUUCGUGAAUCCCGAUGUUGAACUGGAAGCACACAAUGCAAACAUUUGCCAGGACUUCGACCUCUUUAUGUCACGCAUUUUGAAUGGCAAGGAUUCGAUGCACCAGAUGCGACAACAGAGGGAAGGAGAGCAGGGAUCUGAGCAGCGCAGUGGCCUUGACUGUCCAGGCAAAUGGCCUGUUGAUCUUGUUCUGAGCUGCGUUGACAACUAUGCGGCCCGCAUAACAAUUAGCCAAGCGUGCAACGAGGCAGGAGUUCCUUGGUUCAACAGCGGGGUCAGUGAGAAUGCGACCAGUGGACAAAUACAGCUGUGCAUUCCGGGAGUUCUAGCUUGUUUCCAGUGUGCUCCUCCAUACGUCGUGGCUACAAAGGAGGAUGAGAACUCCAUAAAGCGCGAGGGCGUGUGCGCCGCAUCGCUGCCAACCACUAUGGGCGUCACCGCUGGUUUCCUGGUGCAAAAUGCACUCAAGUUUUUACUGGGGUUCGGUCGGCCGUCGACGUUUGUGGGGUGGGAGUCGCUGCAAGACCACUUUACUUCACUGCGUUUGAGGCCGAACGACGAGUGCGCAGAUGCAUGGUGCUGCCGAAGGCAGGAGGAGGUGCAUGAGAAGGGGCUGUCGCUCGAAUUCUUCCUUCCUCACGUGAAGGAAGAGCAGGCGAAAGAUGGACCGCUUCACGAGGAGAACCCUUUCGGCAUCAGUCUAGUUGAAGACGGGGAAGAAAAUGAAACCGUGGGGGCAGGCAGUCACGGUGGCUCUGAAGCUAGAGGUGUUGCAUGUGCCUCCUCUGUAGACGAUUUGGCAGCAAAGCUGAAAUCUCUACAGAGCUGA